AUGAAUGCCGCAUCCCAAGUCUUCCACAUCCCAGAGCUGCUGGAGCUCAUCCUGCUCUCUCUCCCCGACGAUACAAUCCACACAGAGACGAGAAGCAUGCGAACCAUUCACACCGCGCAAACAACAUCCCGCACCUGGCACGAGCUCCUCUUCCAUUCCACUCCUCUGCGUCACAAACUUUACCUCCCAACACCAUUAGCGAUCCCCGAAUCCCACGCUUGGCUCGAACAAAGCGCCUUCCCACCCGCACAGCCGUGCCCCUGGAUUCCGCAGUUGUUACUGAACCAACGGAGCUGGGGCUCAGCGUGGCCGUUUGAAUCUACCUAUUCACGAUCUCUCUACGAAGGGCCCAAGCCGUCCAAACCGAAGCAUUGGACGUUCUCCCUGGAGCUUUCGAAAGCGCAAUUCGGUCGCCUUCCCAAGUCGGGUGAAUGGAGAUCUCACCUAGCCACUAAUCCUCCCUUUACCGAUUUCUGGUACACUCGCUCCUUCUACGAACUCGGCAGCGGACGGGCCCCGUUCGUGACGCAUCUCGACUACAACGCCAAAGUGCCGAAGAGCGAGCAGAAGUACGUCGUUCAUCGGCCCGGCGGUGUGACGCUUGGCGAUCUAGUGGAUGCUUAUACGCAUCUGUUUGAAACGCAUCCGGCGGCGAAAUUCAUCCUGAUUGAGAGUUUGCGGAUCCUGCCAAUCGACGAGGUCAAGCUCGAGGAAGACCGGCCGACCACAAAAAUGUACAUGCCUGGCUCAUCUGCUGAAAGAUCGCUAGAUUGGUAG